AGUUCUCUUUGGUUGUCCCGUCGAAACCAUCUUAGACUUGAAACAUGUCGGGCGACGGCGCUAGCACAGACGGCGCAACCAACAAGCAUUUCUUUUGCUACCAAUGUAACCGUUCCGUCACCAUAACAAUCUCCUCUUCAGCUGACCCUUAUUGUCCUGUAUGCAACGAGGGAUUCCUCGAAGAAUACGAAAACCAUAGCCUUAAUCCAGGUUCCACCUUCCAAAACCCGAAUCCGAACUCUAACCCAUUAUCCGACCCAUUUUUAUCGACAUCGGAUCCGUUGUCUGCCUUCCGCCCGCUCCUUUUUCCUUCUUCUUCUACCACAACCACUUCUUCACCGUCCCCCGCUUCUAUUGACCUUCAUAGCCUUAACCUAUUCGGGUCAACCCGGUCAGGCCGAGGUGACCCAUUCUCUUUCGAUCCAUUUACCUUCAUCCAAAAUCAUCUCAACGAUCUCCGUUCAGGAGGAGCCCAAAUCGAGUUCUUGAUGCAGAAUAAUCCCUCCGAGCCGGGGUUUCGGCUUCCAGCCAACCUCGGGGAUUAUUUCAUCGGACCCGGGCUCGAGCAACUGAUUCAACAGCUGGCCGAAAAUGACCCUAACCGGUACGGAACCCCACCGGCAUCUAAAUCAGCCAUUGAAGCGCUGCCUACGGUGAAGAUAGAGAAGAACGACAUAAAUUCGGAGUUCAAUCAGUGCGCGGUUUGUAUGGAUGAGUUCGAGGAAGGGACUGAUGCGAAGCAAAUGCCCUGUAACCAUCUUUAUCACAAAGAUUGUAUAUUGCCGUGGCUCGAAAUGCAUAAUUCGUUCCCUGUGUGUCGUCACGAGUUGCCUACAGAUGAUCCUGCUUAUGAGAGGAGGGUUCGUGGGGCACAUGGUACUUCUGGUGGUAACGAUGGUGAUAAUGGCCAGAGGUCUGGUGAUAAUCAGACGGUGGAAAGGAGUUAUAGGAUAUCGAUUCCUUGGCCGUUCGGGGGCCGAGGCUCGGGUUCAGGAUCAGGUGAUAAUGCGGAGACCAGGCAAGAAGAUUUGGAUUGAGAAUUGGGCAUUGAGAGAUGAGGUAGCUGAAGCAAGAUAUGUUUCAGAAAUAUUUUGAAGCAAGGAGAUUAUAGGACCAUGUGAUCUUUUUUAUGUAUUUCUCCGUACUUGUAUAGGAGUUUCUUCAUCCAAUGCAAGACAAGAAGUUGGAUUAUCUUUCUCUUUCUUGGAUUUUAAGGGCGCAAGGCACAUCGAGACAUAAAUGUCCUUGGGAGCCUAGGCGCAAGGUGCAGACACGCCUUUAUUACGCGAGACGCA